AUGUCCCGCCCAGCAAACCCUCGAGCCUUGAGGGAAAGAGACAUAGGCUUUCUGAGGACCGAUAUCUGGUACUUCAGCGCGUUUCUAGCCGAGGCCGAUGCUACGCACAGUUUAAACAUCCUUGAUCUAUCCAUCAUUUUUCCAGUUAUGGGAAACAAGAUCUCUGCUGUCAAUGGCGUACGAUCCCCAAACUUCUUCGAGCCAGGAAACGCAGUCAACGAGGUCUGGAUCGGCAAGCUUGAAAUCAUAUCCCGUCUUCCCUUCGGCGAUUCAGAUAUGGCACAAGCAGGCUGGCCUAAAGGGGACUAUCCUAAGAUCCCAUGGCGUCCGUUCAUUAUUCCGCUCCGGGCGUCGUUUGGCAAAAUGGCACGAUCCAUAACUUCUCCUGCUUCAGAGGCAUCGGGCAAAUGCGGAUGGCCAGCAUUGGUGGACGUGAUAUCCAAAGUGGAUUGGAACCGCUGGUUCUGGGUUGUGGAGCGAAUGACUUCUAUUCCGUUCUUUAUACUCCCAAUUCUUCUCCAUUUUGGCCCAAACGAUUUAACUCAGGGCAUAGUCGCCAUUCCAUGUCUCGAAGCCGGCGAGGACACAGAGGUGGCUUUUCAACCGCGAUUCAGACGCCAUGGAAUAUAUCUUCGUGCGAUUUUCUCAAAUCUUUUCACGGUUAUGGGUUUCUGUCUGCUUGUCCUUGAACCGGGUGAAACAAAAAAUAGCCUUGGUCGCUUUGGCCCCGUUGGAGUCGAAGAGACGCUCUAUUUUCUUUUAGCGACCUUGUGCGCCUAUUGCAACCUUCGACUUACAUGGGCUCUUUUUCGAAUAGAAUCCGUUUCAAAUCGUUGUUAA